AACUCACCCACAGCACCAGGGAGGGGCUGGACCACCCCACAUCCGAUAGUGCACACCCGGGGUCACGGUCCCUCCCCGGGCCAGUGCAGAAGUCCCUCCCCGUGCACCUCUCCUCUCCCCCGGCCCCAGCUGAAGUCCCUCCCCGUGCACCGCUCCCCCGGCUCCAGCUGAAGUCCCUCCCCGGCCCGGUGCGCCCUGAGCCGGCCUGCUGCUGCUAAAUGGCCCGGCGUCAGUGGGAGGAUGGUGGAGGGCUGCUAAAGAUGGCGUCGCUCUCUGAGGACGGGAGCUAUGAGUUAAACUGCGGCCCGAGCAGCGCGCACCGAGUGUCCGUUUUACACGUGAAGUUGACGGAGACGGCGCUGAGGGCCGUGGAGAGCUUCCACUCGCUUAAGAAUGGAGUGCGUGUGCAGCCCACCAUCCAGUUCAAAGGACUCCAGGGUCGUAUUAAGAUUCCUCGCUCGGUGUCCUCCUCCGAACUGCAGAGCUUUGAGUUCUACCUCUCCAAUGUAGCCAAGGACAAUCCUCAGGGAUGCUUCGAGUGUCUACAGCAGCACGCUGUUGGGUCCUCCCCAGGUCUCUCUCUUCUGGCCCCUGUUCAGACCAAACUCACCAUCUGUGCCACAAAUGACUCGUACCAGGUGACCAGGGAGAAGAUGACUCAGGCUGUGGAGGACACAAAGGAACGCUGCACCAAAGUCAUCAAACCUGGAGGACAGUUCAGAGGUAAGCAGGUUCAGAUCCGAAAGCCCGCCCUCUCCGGAGCCGAUGUCGUUCCAGAACGUAAAAGGUCGACGCCCAUCAACCCCGCCAACACGCUCCGCAAGUGCCUCAGCAACAAUCCUGUAUCACAGCGACCCCUACGGGACCGCAUCCUGCACCUGCUCGCUCUCAGGGCCUACAAGAAACUGGAGCUACUCGCACGAUUGCAGCGAGACGGGAUCAGCCAGAAAGACAGAACUUCACUGGGAACGACUCUACAACAGGUGGCUGUUCUAAACACUAAGGAGAACACAUACUCUCUGAAGGAGUUCAUGUACCGUGAUGUUCAGAGGGAGUGGCCCGGUUACACAGAGGAGGAGCGCACACAGGCCGAGAGGAACGCCGCUCGGAAACUAGGCCUAAGCGCUGAGCCCCUCCCCUCCAGCUCCUCGCCUAAAGACAGUGCCCCCUCCUCCUCUCCACAGAAGGCCGACUUUGACUUCAUCGACCCACUGGCCCCAAAGAAACCUCGAAUCUCCCAUUUAAGCAACCGCGCCUCCUCCUCUGCGUCAUCAGAGGAACAGCCCAGCCAUAGAUCCUCCCCUGCGCCCUCCUCAGCGCCAUCCUCUGUGCCCUCAGACCGCCGCGACCAGGAGCACCCUUCGCAUAGGCCCUCUUCUUCACCCUCCCGCUCUCUCUCCUCUCACCCGCGAGCCAUCAAUCACCAGCUAAGCCCUGCCUCUUCCUCUCACUCGCCGUCAACGCCUGAAGGAUGUGGAACCCAAGACCUGCCACUGGACCAAAGUUCCACUUGCAGAGACCCGCCCAGAGACCCAAACCCAAGUCCCCAGUCCUCGUACCGGGCAGGGUCAGCCCGAGCGCCCAGCCCCCCUGAAGAACCACGAAAGGCCAAGAAGAAAUCCAAAAAGCACAAAGAGAAAGAGCGAGAGAAGAAAGAGGAGGAUAGCAGCAGAGUGCCCCCUAGAGACGCAGAGAGGGGCAGCUACAAAGCCAAGAAGAGGAGGAGAGAGGAAGAGGGUGUCCAGCAAGAGACAGAUUCUUCAGACAGAGACAAAAGGCUCCAGUCCUCAGAGUUCUCCUCCUCCACUGAUCUCAAAGACUAUCUACUAAAGUACGUGUCCCUGAUGUCUGUGGAGCAGAGGCAGAGAUACAAAGAGGAUUUUAACUCUGAGUAUGACGAGUACAGACGCCUGCACGCCCGAGUGGAGACCAUCACACGCAGGUUCACUCGGCUCGACUCGCAGUGCAGAAGUCUGACGCCCGGGACCCAGGAGCACCAGAAAGUUCAAGAGGAGGUCCUGAGGGAGUACAAGAAGAUCAAACAGCUGAGUCCGAAAUACCAGGAGGAGAAGCAGCGCUGUGAAUAUCUGCACAACAAACUGUCUCACAUCAAACGCCUCAUCUCUGAGUUUGACCACAAGAGGUCGCAGUCCUGGAGCUGAGAGACGGCCCUCCCCUGUGCGGCCUGCGGGGGGAGCCAUAGAGCAUGCCCUCCCCUGUGCGGCCUGCGGGGGGAACCAUAGAGCAUGCCCUCCCCUGUGCGGCCUGCGGGGGGAACUAUAGAGCCAGGAGGAGCCACAAACACAGGGCCUUAUUUAUUUCCAUCUGUUUUCUGUUGCAAAAGUACUUCUCUUGAUUUAAAAUGUCUUGGAUUCAGAAUAUUCACCUGAUCUUGAGUGGAGCUGUCGGUUAAGCAUUCACCUGCAAACUCUAUUCUGAGUUACAUGUCAGAUCUGAGGAGAGGCGUGCCCACUCGCAGUAAGAAUGCAUGUUAAGGUAGGGCUUUAGCUGUGACAAAAAACACUAACUGAAUACAUGCAAGAUGGACAUGUUUAAUGCCUUACUGUGGAACAUUCCAGGAAAAUGACAUCUCCGUAGAAACAAAGUGGUUGACCAACAACUAGAAAUGUUACACAGUGCAGCUUUAAACCUUAAAAAAUGUCUACAAAAAUCACUACAUUAAAUUAAUAAAAAAUGCAAUAUAUAACGUGUCUGCCACCUGUUUGGACGUACAGUGCUCCCUCGUUUAUCGUGGGGGUUACAUUCUAAAAAUAACCUGCAACAGACAAAAUCCGCAACGUAGUCAGCUUUAUUUUUUACAAUUAUUAUUAUAUAUGUUUUAAGGUUGUAAACCCCCUCACCACACACUUUAUACACUUUUCCCCAGACAGGCAUUUUCUCACAUUUCUCUCUUGUUUAAACUCUCUCGAAGUUCAAACCUUCGUGUAUUAUAAUCCCACUUCCUCAAUGAUCACUUUAAAUUUGCUGUUCACGUGCGUCUGCUCCAGUGGUAUCCACAGAGGCGGCCUCUACGUCCAGAGUGCCUGUACUGUGCAGGAGACACGCCACGAAAGAGAUUGAGGGUCUACAGUCCCUCAGCCAAUCAGGACGCAGGACACGAUGCACACUCAUAAACUGUAAAAAAAAUAAAAUAAUAGAGCACACAAAAUUGCACCAAAAAAAAUCCACGAAACCGCAAGGCCACAAAAGAUGAACCGCAAUAUAGUGAGGGACAACUGUACUACGUUUCUUGGAAUGUUCCACAGUAUGGAAUGAAAUGUGAUGUGACCACCAGGCCAAGUUACAGGUCUGAUCUGUGGAGAGGCGAGUCCACUGAAUCAGCAUGCAUGUUUAUUUAUCAAGUGAUAAAAACAAAAUCUUAAUGCUGUAUUGUAGAAUAUUACAGGCAAAAUCAUAACAUUGUCAUAACAUCAAAAGUUUCAUAGUGUAGCUUUAAAAUACAAACGACUCAAGUCCAGGUGAAUUUUCAGAAUCCAAGUCAUUUGAACUCGUGAAGAUUUAUACUUUUGCAUUGUUUCCAUUCCUCACUCCUCCUUUUCCUAUCCUCUUUUUCUUCCCUCCUCUCCUCCCAUCCUCCUCCUAUCCUACUAUCUAAGUAUCCAUAUUUUUUCCUCCUCCACCCUUCUCUCCUCUUCUCUCUUUUUGAUUCCUGGGCGUUGAACCUUCGCCUCCUUCUUUUCAUUUUAUUUUCCUUAAUCUGAGCUCUGCACCGUGUGACCGGGCAGAGAGAGAAAGAAAAAAAAAAGAGUAUUUGAAAAGUUGUAUUUAAGUUGUGAAGAGGGAGCUGUAUUUAUUUGACUGGGAACAGAGUCCACACAGAUGUUUUAUGGUAAUCAAUGCAAUAAUAAAAGAGCUCUGGGCCUUAAGGGCCUGUGAAGUGCAUGUGCCCCCCCCUCCUCCACACAGUGACCUGAACAAUAAGACAAACAUAGCCACCUACGCCCCAGGGCAGACCCAUGGAAAUGUGACUGCUGUUCUGCACCUAACAGCCUCUUGAGUACACAUUUAAAAGGUGAGGAGGGGGAGUGUUUUGCCUAAGGACACAACAACACUAUGCAAAGCCGGUAGUGGGAAUUGAUCUCCAAACCCUGUGCUGUUUACGGUCUAAACUCAAAGGUGCACAGUACAUAUGGAACUUAGAAUCCUGUGGUUUAGGGGUAAAACCUUUAUUGAUGAAAAAUGCACUGCAAAACAAAAUAUCUUUCAUGAGUUAAAAUGACUUUAUGCCACUACAGGGUCAGACAGUGUUUUCUAAUGGGAUGCCCUUUAAAAACCUCCACAUGCAACUAGAAAUACUGCUUCAGUUUAAAUGGAAUAUCUUUAAUGUUACUGCAAACAUUUAAAGUGUUCACCAGUGCCUCGACAUGUUUGGGUUCAAUUUAAAGAAACUUUCUGGAGGUGGCACGUCACCUGCAUGAUUCCAUGGAGACAAAUUUCAAACCAUACUACAACAUUCUCCAUGGAGAUGGAUAAGGUUAAUGCCUUACUGUGGAAGAUUGUAACCAUGGAAACAAGCAGGAGGAGGUGCUCUUCCAGGUCAAAUAAGAGGGCAGGUUUGUGGAGAUGCAAGCCACCUCACAGUAAGGAAUUUUAACUCUUGUAGAUGUCACCAUUUUGCUGUGUAUGUGCCUUAAAGGUUCACCAUGGGACCAGGUUAGCCCAGUCCAGACUAAACCUGGUCUUAAACUGGACCGAACCAGGUCUCAAAGUACACUGAACCAUGCCAAACUGGUAUUAAACUGGACUUUGGCUGGUCUAAACAAAGCCCAUCUCUCGUGCAGGAUCAAAUCAGGAAUAAAAUGGAGUUUAAAGAGUCCCCAGUGUUUGAGAAACUCGAGCUUGACUGUCAGCAGAGACAUAGAUGGUGCUAUAGUGUUAUACCAGUCCACUUUAUUAAGUCCACUGUUCUACUGAGUCCUUUGUGAAUGCAUGCCCAGUUAUGAUGGGGUUGUGGGUUCCCUCCCCAGUAGUUUGUGAAAUGCAUAGAUCAGUCUACACCAAUGGACAAAGUCAUAAAAAAUAAAAAUGAAAAACAAAAAGACUAGACCAGAGAUUGAACCCAUUCAUAUAUUUGGUUCUAAAUCUGGUCUAAACCAGGACUACAUUAGGUCUACAUUUCACUAGGUCUUACCCAGAUCUAAACCAGGACUUUAUUCUGGAUUCUGAUAUUGGACUAAACCAGGACUGUGCCAUACUGAUACUUGGCUUGAUAUUGGUCUAGUCCAAGGUUGAACCAGGACUAAACCAGGACUUUUCUCUGCUUAGAACUGAUGUACAUAAUAAAAUGGCGGCUAUAUUUUGUGAACUGCAGCCUUUAACCCAAAAUUGAAAAUAUUCUUCUCAGAAUUUAAGAUAAAAUGUACUUUUCUUCAUAAAUUUGGAUGGAUCGUUUAAAAAUAUUAAGUCUUAUUUAGAAUAUUUAUUUGAAAAAGGGAAAAUUGUUUAUGCCUGUGUUUGAUAAAUUAAUUUUAUUUUCUGGUCCAAGAUCUGCAAAGGAUUCCUGAAAAGAAUUAUAAAAUCGGAGGCCAGUAAAAUGUGAAAUUGUUUUUGCAUUUUGUGGAAGAUGAAACUGUCAAAAUCUCACCUGAACAGUGUUUCAGUUUAUGAUGCUGAAAUGUAUCAAAGGAAUGUUUGUUUUCUGACACUUGGUCUGGGAGUGGAUGGACUCUGGAGAUCGCUGUGAAACGACACAAUUUAAAAUCAUAAUUGCAGUAUUCUUAAAGCUUCUAAAUGAUUUCAAUAUCAAAUUUUUCUCUGGUAACAAAAUGAGUUAAAAAUGAGUUGAGUUCACAAUAUGGUGUAGUUGAGUAUUUUAAAUCAGACGUGUUGUGCUUGUGUCUACAGCUCUAAUCUAUGACACCUGUGGAUCAUUAUGUUAUAAUUUACACAUUUUCAAUCACAAUAUUCAUCUAAAAAGAACAAAGCGCCGCAUGCUGUCAGCGCCCCCCUUUAAAUAGCUGCACGUCACACUAACGAGCAGCGGGGUUUUUUUUUCAUUUGUACCAAAAUAUUUACUCAACACUGCAGAAAUCAUGAGUAUCACAGAUAAAAAAAAAAAAAAAAAAAAAAAACUGGAGAAGAAAGUGUUGAAAUUAUAACACAAUGAUCCACAGGUGUCAUAGAUUAUAACUACAGAGCACACACAAGCACAAUUGAUACUUUGCAGUGGCAUCAAGCUGGGGGUGUUCUACAUGCACCUCUAAUGGUGGAAUGUUCAGCAGUUACCAUGGUGACACUAUUUACACAUUAGCAAACAGACAAAAAAGAUGGUCUGAAAACUUUAGAAGAAAUACAAAAUGGAUUUAAAGAGCACAAUUUCAGGAGCCUGAUCAGUGUGAGUGUCUAUGGUCGUGUUUAGGAGUUUGAUUUUACACAAAAAGGUGAGAGUGACUUAACUGAAAAAAAUUGCUAAUGCGAGCUAACUUGAGACUGUAAUGUUAUUUUUAGUAGGACUUGUUUAACAGCACAAAUCAGCUCAUCUGUUGGAGUUCAGCUAAGUCAACUCUUUAUGGUCAGAUUGUGUUUACACAAAGAUCAGAUUAAAGUCUUGUGACAUCUUCAUGACAUUAUCUGCAAAGUAUCAAUAGGUCUGCUUUAAAAUAAGGUUGAGAAUUUUGUCUGGGAAAUAUUAAAGAAUCAGGAACCAGUCAAAUGAGAAAAUAGUUCAGUUUAAUCAUUAAUAUAAUAUAAAUAUUGUGGAUUGAAGUCACUUUUUAUCUUUAUCAAAAACAUCCUGAAAUUUCUUUUCACAAAAAUGAUUUCAGUUUUCAAAUAUCAAACGUUCUCAAAAAUGAAGCUCUAUGUUUAGCGUGAGAAAGUGUUCAAAGUAAAUUUUCAGUUUGAGCAACACAAAGGAAAGACACCACAGGAUUAGUCAAAUGUUUGGGUGAAGUUAUUCUUUAAUAUGUAUUUUUCCCUGAAGCUGGACUGACAGGCUGCGGCUCUGAGCUCAGCUUUGUCCUGGAAACGGAUGGACAGUGCAAAAAAAUCAAAUCAUUUCAAUAAAAGCCACUGCA